GUUUCAACGCUCCGAGUGAAGUGAACACAAAACAUAGCAAGAGCAGAAGCAGCAGCAGCAACACCGAGCGCACAGCAGCAACAUUAAGCAGCAACCAGCAACAUCGACUCGAUUUCGAUUUCGAAACCGCUCGACUCAGUUCUAGAAUUGCCUGCGCUUGCGCCAGAAAACUCAUCUUGUUUCGUUUUUAAAACAUAUAUAUAAUCAACAGCUGUCCGUUCAGUACUCUAAAACUGUUUUUGUCCGGAGUGUGUGUAGUUCUCUUGUCUGGUCUUUCCGAUCUUCAUAUAACGGAAAUCUGUUUUGAAAUAUCAACCAACGAAAAAAAAAGUAAAAUAAAUAAGUAAAGACGAAAAUAAACAACACACGUGCGGUUUCUUUGCGGUCCUCACGCGGUUUCCGUUCGCUGGGUGUGUGUUGUUCUAUGCAAAUCGGCAUAAAUUUAAUUAUUCAGAUACAGAUUGCUAAUCGGUUUGUGCUGAACAAAUUAUAUAAUUUGCCAUAAACAACUAACAUUUGUUAGUUGUCGCUGCGGUUAUCGACGAGUGCAAGAGCGGCACAGAGAGACGUCAUGUCCAACACGGAGAAAGGAGGACUGCACAGAGUGCGAAACUUUCUGUCAUGCCGCCAAGUGUUGAACCUGCUGACCAUGCUCGGAUUCAUGCUGAACUAUGCCCUGCGAGUGAAUCUCACCAUUGCCAUUGUGGACAUGGUCCGGCCGAAUGUGACGAGUGCGGGAAAUGCCACUGUGUCGGGAAAUGACACUUUGUCGGGCAAUAGUACGGCGGGAAAUGGCUCCAUGAGUUCAGCAUCUCCGGACGGAGUGGAUGUCUACGAGGAGCGCUUCCCGUGGGACAGCUACCAGACCAACUUCGUGCUGGGCUGCUUCUUCUGGGGCUACAUCCUCACCGAGCUGCCAGGUGGUCGUCUGGCGGAGCUGAUCGGUGGACGCCGCGUCUUCGGACAUUCCAUGCUGUGGGCCAGUCUGCUCACCCUGAUCACGCCGCUGGCGGCGCACAUCAACUACGUGGUGCUCAUCGUGGUGCGAGUGGUGCUCGGUUUUAUGUUGGGCGCCUCCUGGCCAGCCAUUCACCCGGUGGCCGCUGUCUGGAUUCCACCCAUGGAGCGAUCCAAGUUUAUGUCUAACAUGAUGGCUUCCUCUCUUGGCGCUGCAAUUACCAUGCCAAUCUGCGGCUACCUGAUCUCCGUUGCUGGCUGGGCCAGUGUCUUCUAUUUGACCGGAGCCGUGGGUCUGCUGUGGUCCCUGGCCUGGUUCACCUUUGUCUACGAGACUCCGGCUACGCAUCCCCGUAUUUCUGCCGAGGAGAGGCGGGAGAUCGAGGAGGCCAUUGGCACCACCACCUCCAAGAAGCGUCCGAGUCACGUGCCCUGGGGCCAGCUGCUAUGCUCUCCGGCCGUCUGGGCCAUCAUCAUCUGCCACGGACUGGCCGUUUUUGGUUUCUUCACUGUGGUCAAUCAGCUGCCUACAUUCAUGUCCAAGAUCCUGCACUUCGACAUCAAGCAGAAUGGAUUGUUCUCAUCGCUGCCUUAUUUGGGCAAAUACGUGAUGGCUGUGGCUUCUUCCUACCUGGCCGAUUAUUUGCGCAAGAAGGGAACUCUGAGCACGACGGCUACCAGGAAACUAUUCACUACUUUUGCUCUGGUGAUUCCGGGUCUGUUGAUGAUAGUGCAGGUGUUCCUGGGCUAUGAUGCCACCUGGUCUGUGACGAUCUUCUCGCUGGCUUUGUUUGCCCAUGGAGCAGUGACCGCUGGUUAUUUGGGCAAUGGUUUGGAUAUUGCACCCAACUUUGGUGGAACCAUCUUUGGACUGGCCAACACACUGUCUUCCUUUGGCGGUUUCCUUUCCACGUGGAUGGUGGGAGCCCUCACCUUCAAAGAUGACUCCUUCCAUUCGUGGCAAAUUGUGUUCUGGAUUCUGGGUGCGACGUAUAUCUCGGGAGCCGUGGUCUUCGCCAUUCUUGGUUCGGGUGAACUGCAGCCUUGGAACAAUCCCCCAGAGCGCGUCAAGAUCAGCGAUGUCACCCAGGAGGAGGGUGUGCCGCUCAAGAACGGAAAGUGAUUCCGCUUUGCCAGUGAGCCUCAGUCGGUGCUUCUACUUCACCUGGUGAGGGGAUGCAAAUGAAAGCCCAGUUGGAGAUAUCCCACCACCAAGCAACAACAACAUCAUCCGCACAAGUUAUAGUAGUUGUUACUGCACCUUUGAGAUUUAGGAGGAUUUCAUUUGACAACCACUUGGUCAGGACUUGGUUACGAAGAACCACACGACACUCAACAUGGAGAAAAACAUGAAAUGAAAGACAUUAUUUUUAUAGAUACUGCAAGGUUAUUUCGCACAAAAAACAUACACAAACAUCUCAUACCCAUACACAUAAAAAAAAACCCAACAAACACUGUACACCGAUGCACCCGUCUGCUUAAUGGAAAUUGACUAUAUUUAUAAGUAAUAUUUACUUUAGAGCUUAGUACGCCUACAUCUGCAACUGUAUGCAUAUUUUAAUAUGUAGCCUAAAUGAUUUAUAGUAUUCUGUAUGUCCACAGAGCGCACAGCUGGCUGGUGGAAGGACCAUAUAUCCUGAUCAGCCGCUGCGACCCAUAUGUUUCGUUUAAUUUAUAACGUAGCCCUAACUAUUGUCUAGCUUAGAUGAACAAAAUACUUAUGCAAGUAGCGAAAUACAUACGGAUACACCGAUAGUGUAGCUAAGUUGAGUAAAACGUGUAACUUUGUACUAUACUUGAUUAUUUAUGUAAUUAAUUUAAACAUUAUCUAAGUUCACAAUAAAGCGUAACUCAGAAAGAAAGAAA